CAGCUGCGUGGCGGAAGCGGGGAAUUUCAUUCGCUCCCCUCCUGCGAGCACGAGCCUGGCCGCGGGGCAGGCCGGGAGUUGGGGGCCGCCGCACGAAGGGACGCGGGAGCGCGCUUCCCGACCCUCUCGCGGGCGGAGAGCCAGCAUGGAGAGGGGCGGGGGCGCCUUCGCGGGAACGCGGCUGCCGCUCUUACUGCUUCUGCUGCCUCUGCCGGGGUCGAUGCUCUCGGGCGCCCUCUGGGGGCCGAGCGCCUGGCAUUGCAGCCUCUCGGCGUCCUGCGAAUGCGAGUUCUUGCCGGAUUUAACGGGUCUCGAGUGCGAAUUAGCCCUGCGCCUUGUAGGACAGCCUCUGGCCAGGCAGCUGGUCAUCCAAGGCCUGAAGAGCUUCGUGCAGGACCCUGAGCCCGCCAAGCCCCUGGUCCUGUCCUUCCACGGCUCGACGGGUACCGGGAAGACCUACCUGAGCUCCCUGCUGGCCCGGUACCUCUUCCGGAUGGGUCUCCGGACCCCUUACGUCCACCGCUUCUCCCCGCUGGUUCAUUUUCCCCACGCGGAUCACCUCCAGCAAUACAAGGACGACCUUAGAAACUGGAUCCAGGGGAAUCUCACGCAGUGUGGUCGAUCUCUCUUUCUCUUCGACGACAUGGACGAUCUGCAGCCCGGCUUGAUCGACGUCGUUGCCCCCUUCCUGGGAUCUUCCUGGGUGGUUUUCGGAACCAACUAUCGGAAAGCCAUCUUCGUCUUUAUCAGCAAUACGGGAGCGGAGAGGAUUAGCCGGAUGGCUUUGGAGUUCUGGCGAAACCGCAGAGACCGCGAGGAGAUCAGCCGCCAGGAUCUGGAAGCGUCCAUUUUGGAGGCCAUUUUUAAAGACCCCCAAAACGGAUUCUCAAGAUCCGAGAUUCUGGAGCAAAACCUGAUCGACGUCUUUGUCCCCUUCCUCCCGCUGCGACAGCACCACGUGAAGCAGUGCGUGGUCAACGAGAUGGCCGGCCAGGGUCUCACCCCUCGCCCGGAGGUCGUGGAAGGCGUGGCCGACAGCUUUUCGUACUUCCCCGAGGAAGAAAAAAUCUUCUCGGCCACCGGAUGCAAAACUGUCUCUUCCCGCAUCCCGUUUUUCCUAUGAACCCCUUUGGGGGGGCAGGCGUUUUUCGGUCCAGAAUGGAGUUUACGGUUUUCGUCCAAGCGGAGACCAAUUUGCGGGUCUGCGAAAAAGUCAGCUCGAAGGACUUUAAGGACGGGCCUUUCGAAAAAGCAAAAAGAAUAAUGCUGGCUCGAUCAAACAUUUUCCUCCCCUUACAAGUGACCCGGAUUCUGGAUUAUUUUUUGAACUCCCCAAAAAGGAUGAUUUUGUGAUGCGUUAUGCGAGGAAUCUCGUCUGCUUUUAAAACACGGUUUCUCGGAUGUUUUACAGAUUCCUGCCUUUAAGCGCAGUUGAAUUAAUUCGUUUUUCUGCGGGUUCUUAAAAUCCUACCUCUCAAGGAUUUUUCUGUUGGUUUUAUUUUUUUAAAAACCCAAUAAGCUGUAUUUUACCAUUCUAAUUCAAGAAUGGGGGUGGGGGUUUUCUUGGUUUUUUUCUUUUUGUUUUGCAGGGAAUUCCCUGUGGGUGUCAACCCGAACUUGAUGGACCGAGAUGCGAGUUGUUGCAAAAAAGGUGACACCAAAACGCAGCUACUUUUAAAAAAGACUUCACAUCAACCACGAGGGAUUGUUUUUCUCAGGAGUUUCAAGAAAGCACCACCCAAAGAUAAUCUAUUUUUCUCUUUCUUUUUUUUUUUUUCUAUCCCUUUUGGUGCAGAGAGAAAAAUGACCAACUUGAAGAGUUAAGAGAGUCGGAAUAACAUAUUGAAAUCCUGCUCUGUUUGAGUGCUGCUAGCUUUAAAAGGCAGGGAAGAUGAGAAGUAGCGAUUUAUUAUUUUUUUUAUCGUGUAAAUGUAUGGUGGCUGAGCGAAGCUAGGCCAUCACGAGGCGUGCCGUCCACAUUCGAAUCCAUGGCC